CCGCCUCAGGCGCCCCAUCAGACCCCUUCCCGCGGCACGCCCGACAUCGACCGCCGUUGCCUUCCUCGUGGCCAGCCAUGGCGAUGGCCGAGUUCAGCUGUGCCAGCUGCGCCGAGGCCUUCGCAACGGCGGGCGAGCUGCGAGCACAUUGCAAGUCCGAGCGGCAUGUGUACAACAUGAAGCGCCAGCUCUCAAGUUUGAAGCCCAUCUCGCAAGAGGCCUGGGAGCGCAAGCUCCGUGAGCGUGAGGGGCAGGAGAACACCAAGGGCACCGCGCACCUGAAAGCGGGGAAGGUGCAGCGCAAGGGGGCUGAGGGUUAUGCAGAAACUCUAGAAGCUCCACGAGAGGAAGCGAUGCCAGUGGCGUUUUCCCCACGUAGAUCUCUAUUUGACCGUCAGCAUUUUAGCACAGUCGACAAGAAUUUGGCCUACAUGUGGAAGACCUACAGUUUCUUUGUGCCCGACCGAGAGUAUUGCACCAACCUGGAGGGUUUGUUGGAGCACCUGUGGAGCAAGUGCACCGAAGAUUGCAGCUGCCUCUUUUGCCACCGCCGAUUUCCGGAUGCAGCCAGCACUCGUCGCCAUAUGCUGGACAAAGCCCAUACGCGGAUCGGCACCGAAGCGCGCACCCGGCGUGGAAAUGUGGAUGAGGUGGGCUCCCAAGAGCUCGAGGCUGAGUUGGAGGAGUUCUAUGACUACACCGGGUCCACGCGAGAGAUCACCCAACGCAUCACCGACCCUCAGCAGCGGCUUGCGUCCAUUUUCCGAUUCUUUGACCAAGAUCGCGAUGGAUUUCUCUCACACGCAGAGCUUUCAGAGCUCUGGAAGGCCACCAAAGGAGAGGAGGCGCAACUGAGCGCGUCUUUGUUUCAGGGUGCUUGUGCACAGGCUGGGGCAGAUCCCAAAGAAGGGUUGGACAUGGAGGCUUUGGCUCAGCUCUAUGCCGAAGGCUUUGCAGAUUUGGAGGAACACUUCCAGGUACUGGAAGACAUCUUGGCAAAAAAGCUCUCCAAUAAGAAUGCUCUCACAGGUCUAGCACCUCGAAAGGAGGUACAAGAAGAUGACGAAGAUGACGAAGAUGAAGAUGACGAGGAAGAGGAUGAUGCAGAGAGUUCAGGCACAGAGAUUGUGGAAUGUGACGAUGAAGCAGAGUUCGAGGAGGUGAUGCGAGUGCUUGGCUUACAGCCUGCCACAGUGCUGGACAACGGCGACCUAAGGCUUCCAAAUGGUAUGGUCGCCGCAAACCGGGAUGUGGCACACAUUUGGAAGCAGCGGGGUUCUCGUGUUGGUCCCUUAGCGCUGGCUGGGGGCCGCUCAGGUGUAAAGAGUGUGCGGGCUCAUCUCAUGCUUGCGAAUGAUGCCGCCGGCAGGGUGGAGUUGACCAAGAGAGAGCAGAAGAGGGAGGGGAAGCGAGUGAUCGCCGUGUUGAAGGAAAAGAACAAGCAAGAGAUGAGACUGGGCAUGCAGAUGAAUUCCGUGCUGAAAGGAAGACCCAAGAAGUUUCGGACGCUCAUGGGAGAUGCCUCCGGCGGACGGUAAGUCCAAGACCCCCGGAACCGAAGACGGCCACGAAGCAGUCCAAGCGACCCCACACCAUCGAGUGGUGAGUCGAUGGGCAAGAUGUACAGAUUGGGAAUGGGUCAAAAUGAAGGGUAUUUGGGCAUCGCUACUAGGAAGCUACGAAGCUACUAGGGGCUCCUGGCCUUACCACUAGGAGC